AUGUAUGCGCUAAGAGGAACCUUCGUCCUUGCAACCCUUUUGAUGCUACAAGCUGCAACUUCCGUCAACGCGGCAUUUCACGUAUUCACGCGGUACCAGCGAGUUGCAGACCAAGAAUGCAACAAGAGGACCGGCGUGUGUUAUUGCAAACCCGUGGUGGAGUGGCGCGUCGGCGUCGUCCCGUCAUCGCAAUACAACUGCGACGCCUUCCGAGACGACAAAUGGUUCCAGAGGACCUGGGGCAACGGGCAGUCCUGGGAGGGCCUGAGCUACCCUACCAUUUGCGGCAGUAAGCCGGUCGACAUGUACCCCAGAAACGGUGGUCUUGAGAUCUAUGAGCACAACGCAAACCCGGGGAAAAUAUUGGCCAAAUGCUACAGGCAGAGCCCGAAUACCAUCGACUGUACUAAGCGCUUUAUGUGCGCUGGCGAGACUAAGGUGAACGAUGUGUGGUUUGUGGCCUCAAAGUUGUCGACUUAA